AUGGAAAACGGAAGCGUAAAAUGUCCACAGUGUGAGGGUACGGUUCGGGAUCUGAAGGAACUUGUGAAGCACUAUUCGAUGUUACACUGUAUGGACGAGGGGUACAACGUAAGCAAGAUAUCAUUCGAUACCAAAGGCGAUUUCGAGGAGUGGAUGAAACUGGCGCAGGAUGCAUCCAUAACAUCCUUCGUAGUCCGCAGCAAGAAAAUAGUAAAGGGUUUUACUCGCGUAUACUACAGAUGUCAUCGAUCAGGGUCAUCACCUUUUUCAGUCGCUUCGACAAACACUUGCGAACGUUCAGUCAGCCAUUGUACCGCGUUUAUAAAUGCAAAGUUUACUUCUGCGCAAGUUCAUGUUGAAUAUUGCCUUGCACAUGUGGGACAUGAGCCCGAUCCCGCUCUUCUAUGGUUAGACAAUUACAAUGAACAGUUAAUCGUGGAUAUGCUGAAAGAAGGGUUCAAUUAUGGGCAAGUGAAACAGAAGAUAAGAGAAAGAUACAGGAACUCAAACGGAAACAAUGGGACGGAGAAUCGCUUGUUUUUCGUUACAGUUGGAGACAUACGGGCCAUCAGUAGGCGGAACAAUCUAUUCCCCGGGCGGCGCGACCUGAAUGACUCAACUUCUCUAGAGAAGCGGAUUGGUGAAAGAAAUGUUGGCGAUGGAAUCCGCUACUAUGCUCCUAGUCUCAAUGACACCGGCGAUGGAUUUUGCCUGGUCAUAAUCAUUGAAACGCAACGGAAAUGGCUGACAGACUUUUCGCAAAGAGGUAUUGGAAUCGACGAUACAUUUAACGUGUCUAUGUACAAGCUACGGCUUGCUACAAUCAUCGUAGCUGAUCACAGUGACAGAGCACUUCCAGCUGCUUUCAUGCUUAGUUUCAGGAUGAGCGAGAGCGAACUUGUUACUCUGUUCGACAAGGUGAAAGAAUUGGUUCCCGCGUUUGCGCCUAAUUUUCUUCGUGUGUUUCCUAAUGCUCACACGCGGAAGAUACUUUCUUUCAAGCGUUCUGCUAGGAAGAAAUUGACGAAGGUGGACCCAAUACUCAAUACAAGCCCGAAACGCGCUUUUCUAUCAUCUCCUUCCUUUGGCCGUCGUUGCUUGGGGAAUUCAUGUCAAGGAUUCGUCUAG